UCCAAUGGAAGCACACAGGAUGGCGCUUGGAUGGGUGAUACCGUGGCUCAGCCUCUACUUUGGACAGUUUUCUGCAUCCAGUGUCCCAGGUCACACGGUGACUACGGUGCCAGUAUUUGCAGAAGUGAGAGCAUCCCACGACGACCAGUUCUGCAGUACAUGGGGAAAUUACCAUUUCAGGACUUUCGACGGAAAAUUCUUCCAGUUUCGCUCCAAUUGCAACUAUCUCCUUGCAUCCAACUGUAAAGGCAGCUUUGAGGACUUUAACAUACAGCUGCAAAGACAAGAAAUGGGCUGGGCCGCUCCGAUAAAGCGGGUUACUAUGAGACUGGAGGGAGUGGCGGUGGAAAUGUCCAACUCCUCCAUCACGGUCAAUGACAAGAUUGUGACGUUGCCUUUCAGCCAGGCAGGCAUCUCCAUCGCAAGAACAUUCUCUUAUGUUAAGUUUGAAGCAACAAGUGGUGUGGUUGUCAUGUGGAAUGAAGAGGACACACUCUGGGUUGAGUUGGAUGCUAAGUACAAGAAUAAGACGUGUGGUUUGUGCGGUGACUUCAAUGGAGACCACGUUGAUGGAGGAAUUGAGGAAUUUGGGGAGACCUGGAAAACCAACGGUCCAACUGAAAAAUGUGACGGAACCUUGUCCCCUUCCCCGCAGACCUGCUCCAUCAAUCAGAAAGCCGUCUGUGAGAGUGUGGUGUCUGGAGCAUCUUUCCUCAGCUGUCAAAACCGAAUCAACAGUGACGCCUUCGUGGAAGCUUGUGUGAAGGACUUGUGCUCCUGUAAAAGCAACUCCACGUCCUGCUUGUGUUCAACCAUGGCAGAGUACUCGCGCCAAUGCGCCCAUGCGGGUGGGGCGCCGCAGGAAUGGAAUGCACAUUUGUGCGCUAAAAAAACAUGCCCAUUUAACAUGGAGUACAAAGAAUGCUGGAGCCCCUGCACGGACACCUGCAGCGACCCACAGAGGAGCCAAGUGUGUGAGGAACACUGCACAGAUGGAUGCUUCUGUCCACCUGGGACCCUCUUGGAUGACAUUGGUGGUAGCGGGUGUUUGCCCGUGGACCAGUGCUCCUGCAUGCACAACGGCAAGCCUUACCAACCUGGUGAAUCCUACACCAGGACCUGUCAGACAUGCACGUGUACGCAGGGUGAGUGGAGGUGUCACGACACUGACUGUCCUGGUGUCUGCUCUGUAACGGGUGGCUCACACAUCUCCACCUAUGAUGACAAAACAUACACUUUCCAUGGGGACUGCUCUUACUUUCUUACAAAGCAGAUGAAUGGGACUUUCGUUGUCCUGGGUGACCUCGUCAAAUGUGAAAAAUCAGAUAAAUCAACUUGCCUGACUGCAGUCACUCUACUGCUGCCAAAAUCCACGAUGAUUGCUGUUGACUCUAGCGGUCAGGUUUUAGUCAACAAACUCAGCUCUCAUCUGCCUUUCUUCACGGAUGACGUAACCAUCUUCAGCCCAUCCACAUUUUACGUUGUGAUCCACACUGUUUACGGGCUUCACCUUGAGAUUCAGGUGACGCCUGUCAUGCAGGUUUAUAUCAAAGCCAGUCUUCCCCAUAAAGGCAAACUCCAAGGUCUUUGUGGAGAUUUUAACGAUGUUGAAUACAAUGACUUCAGAACCAGCAGCGGGAUGAUUGAGGGCACGGCUGCCGCAUUUGCUAACUCGUGGAAGACUCAGGGUGGCUGUCCAGAUGUCCACAAUUCACUUGAUGACCCCUGCCUUUUAAGUGUAGACAAGGAAAAAUAUGCUCACCACUGGUGUUCCAUACUGAUCGACACCACAGGGGUGUUUUCCAAGUGCCAUUCUGAGAUAAACCCAGAGGAAUAUCUAGCUUCUUGUAUAUAUGACACGUGUGCUGGUGAAAACAGUUUGGAUUCUAUAUGCGCUACCAUGUCCUCCUACGUUCACGCGUGUGCUGCCGCUGGUGUCUCCUUGACAGGUUGGCGGAAGGUCGUAUGUGGGAAAUACACAUCAGUCUGCCCCGCAACUUUAGUCUUUGACUACCACAUGACAAGCUGCGGUCGCUCCUGUCGCUCCCUGAGUCAGCCAGACUUAACCUGUGAUGUCGAUUUGACCCCCGUGGACGGCUGCGGCUGCGCUGAGGGCACUUACCUCAAUGAGAGGGGCGAGUGUGUGCCAGCCUCCCGGUGCUCCUGCCACGUGGGGGACAUGGUGCUGCGGCCAAAGCAGAUUAUCAGUGUCCAUGGACAGAUUUGCGUCUGCCGUGGUGGGAAACUCAACUGUACUGGAAACCAUAUGACUGAAUUCUGCAGCGCUCCAAUGAUUUUCUUCAACUGCUCAAGCGCAAAGCCUGGUGACCCAGGGUCAGAGUGCCAAAAGACCUGUCAGACUCUUGACACAGAAUGUGUGAGCACACAUUGCGUCUCAGGCUGCGUGUGUCCUGCUGGCUUGUUGGCCGACGGUAAAGGAGGUUGUAUCGAGGAGACGCGUUGUCCCUGCACAUAUAACGGACAAACCUACAAGCCUGGAGAGACCGUUAAAGUGGACUGUAACAUCUGCACUUGUAAAAGCCUACAAUGGGAAUGCACCAAUCAGCAGUGUGACGGAACCUGUACAAUAUAUGGAGAAGGCCAUUACAUCACCUAUGACGACAAGAAAUUCUCCUUUAAUGGGGACUGUGGUUACGUCUUUACUCAGGAUUACUGCGGGGACAAAAAGAGUGGCACCUUCAGAGUCCUGACUGAGAGCAUCCCAUGUGGACCAAGUGAAAACAUCUGCUCCACUGCAAUCAAACUCUACUUAGGGAAUAGUGAAAUUGUCCUAAAAGAGGGAACUGUAAUCAAACAAAACACAGGGUUAGACAUACCUUAUAAAGUCCAUACUAUUGGAUUAUAUCUUGUCAUUGAGGCAAACAAUGGUCUUGUUCUCAUCUGGAACAAGAAGACAACACUCAUAAUCAAACUGAGCUCCACAUUUAAGGGAAAAGUUUGUGGUUUGUGUGGAAAUUACGACGGAAACAUCAAGAAUGACUUCACAACCCGAAACAAAGAGUUGGUGGUGGAUGCCUUUGAGUUCGGAAACAGCUGGAAAGUGUCGCAGACCUGCGCAAACACAAAUGCGCUAAAAAAUCCCUGCAUGCUGUACUCGCACAGGCAGGCAUGGGCACUGAAACGCUGCAGCAUCAUCAACAGUGAAGUAUUUGAUACCUGUCAUUUAAAGGUGGAUCCUCAGCACUAUUAUAAUGCCUGUGUCAGAGACACAUGUGCUUGCAGUACUGGAGGAGAUUGCGAGUGCUUUUGCUCGGCUGUCGCGGCCUAUGCAGCCGCCUGUAAUAAGGCUGGCGCUUGUAUAAAAUGGAGAACGCCCACUGUCUGUCCUCUGUUCUGUGAUUACUACAAUCCUGAGGGUGAGUGUGAAUGGCACUACGAACCUUGUGGAAAACCAUGCAUGAAGACCUGCAGGAAUCCCUCUGGAAAGUGCUAUACUCAUAUUCCAGCUUUGGAAGGCUGCUACCCACGGUGUCCACCCGAUCAACCGUAUUUGGAAGAGGUAACAAUGAAGUGUGUGUCAGUGGAGCAAUGUGGCUGCUAUGAUGAUGAAGGGAAGCAUUAUGCAGAAGGAGAGACAAUGACCCAGAUAGAAAACUGUCAGAAAUGUAAAUGUUCUUCAUCAGAGAGGCAGUGUACCUACAGCAUCGAAGAUUGCACUUGUUCAUAUAACGGGCAAAUAUACAACUAUGGAGAUAUAGUAUAUGACACUCAUGACGGAGACGGAACCUGUAUUACUGCUAUUUGUGGAGAACAUGGAAAUAUUACAAGAGAAAUAAAGGUCUGCAGUUCUUCAACCACACAGAAGCCAAGGACAACAACAGAAUUUGUGUUUGUGACAACAGAAAGACCAACCUCUCCAAAGGCACAAACUACAGCAACGAAAAAACCCAAUACAACAACUCUCCAACCAACAAAGGAACCCACCACUAUCACAACAACUACACAAAGGCCACCCACACCAACAACUAAUCCAACAACAGUUACAACUGAAAAGCCCCAAACCACGACUACCACAGACAAAACGGCAUCAACACCAUCUGACUGUUUUGUUUGUCACUGGUCCCCUUGGAUCAACAAUCAUUACCCUGACUUUAUUCCCAGUGGUGGAGAUUAUGAAUCUAUAGCAAACAUAAAUGAUCCAAGUCUGAAUGACUGCAAACAACCACUUGAAAUAGAGUGCAGAGCAAAAGGAUUUCCUGAUGUACCUUUGGAUCAGCUAGGUCAGAAAGUAACAUGCAACCCAAAAGAUGGACUGAUCUGUCAUAACAAAGACCAAGGCAUACCUCCAAUUUGCUAUGACUAUGAGAUUAGAGUCAAAUGUUGCAUCAACCAUUGUGUCACUCCAACCAAAGCCACAACUACAAGUGCCACAACCAAUGCAAUUACAACAGAAAAUGCCAUCACGACUGCUGCCACAACCACAGAAAAGCCCACGACUAGAGCCAAAACAACCAUUCCAACCACACAAGAACCCACCACAUUUACAGAAGAACCCACCACUAUGACAACAACCACACAAAAGCCAACCAUACCAACAACUACUACAACAAAGGCAACCACAUUUACUACUGAACAGGCUCAAACCACCACAACCACAGAAAAACAAACAACAGUUACAGAAGUACCGACAACAACAACAACCACAGUUACAGAAAACCCCACCACCACAGUUACACAAAAGGCCAGUACUACUAUUGCUCUAACAACAGUCAAGCCCACCACUAUGGCUCCUACGACUAUCACAUCCACAGAACUACCCACCACAACUACUGAAAGACCAACCACAGUUACAGAAUCUCCAAGCACAACAACGGAGAUUAAAAUCACAACAAUCGCAGUUACGGAAAAUCCCAGCACAACAUUAACGGAAAGGAUCAGCACAAUUGUUACAACAACAGAAGAACCCACAACUACUGCAGAAAACCCUACAACUACAGUAAGACCAUCAACUGCAACCACCGUAGAACAAAAACCUACAACCACAUCUUCAGAAACCAUUGGUAUUACCACCACUACAGCUAAAGUCACAGAAAAUGUAACUGGAGCAACGACAAGACAACCUAGCUCUACUGCCAAAACCACGGAAAAAAUGACAACAAAAGCAACAGAAAAGCCUACCACCAUAACAACAGAAAAUAUACCCACAACAAAGCCACCAAGAACAACAACAGAAGGUCCCACAACUACUGUGGUCACUUCAACUGGAAAACCAAUCACCACAACAACCCCUGAAAUUGCUACAAAUACACUUUCAACCGCACCGUCGACAGGAUCCUUGGUUACAUUCAUGACAGAAGCCCAAACUGCAACAACGGAGAGCCAAAUCACAACAACCAUCCAACCCACAACAUUUACAGAAGAACCCACCACUAUCACAACAACUACACAAAGGCCACCCACACCAACAACUAAUCCAACAACAGUUACAACUGAAAAGCCCCAAACCACGACUACCACAGAAAAAACGGCAUCAACACCAUCUGACUGUUUUGUUUGUCACUGGUCCCCUUGGAUCAACAAUCAUUACCCUGACUUUAUUCCCAGUGGUGGAGAUUAUGAAUCUAUAGCAAACAUAAAUGAUCCAAGUCUGAAUGACUGCAAACAACCACUUGAAAUAGAGUGCAGAGCAAAAGGAUUUCCUGAUGUACCUUUGGAUCAGCUAGGUCAGAAAGUAACAUGCAACCCAAAAGAUGGACUGAUCUGUCAUAACAAAGACCAAGGCAUACCUCCAAUUUGCUAUGACUAUGAGAUUAGAGUCAAAUGUUGCAUCAACCAUUGUGUCACUCCAACCAAAGCCACAACUACAAGUGCCACAACCAAUGCAAUUACAACAGAAAAUGCCAUCACGACUGCUGCCACAACCACAGAAAAGCCCACGACUAGAGCCAAAACAACCAUUCCAACCACACAAGAACCCACCACAUUUACAGAAGAACCCACCACCAUGACAACAACCACACAAAAGCCAACCAUACCAACAACUACUACAACAAAGGCAACCACAUUUACUACUGAACAGGCUCAAACCACCACAACCACAGAAAAACAAACAACAGUUACAGAAGUACCGACAACAACAACAACCACAGUUACAGAAAACCCCACCACCACAGUUACACAAAAGGCCAGUACUACUAUUGCUCUAACAACAGUCAAGCCCACCACUAUGGCUCCUACGACUAUCACAUCCACAGAACUACCCACCACAACUACUGAAAGACCAACCACAGUUACAGAAUCUCCAAGCACAACAACGGAGAUUAAAAUCACAACAAUCGCAGUUACGGAAAAUCCCAGCACAACAUUAACGGAAAGGAUCAGCACAAUUGUUACAACAACAGAAGAACCCACAACUACUGCAGAAAACCCUACAACUACAGUAAGACCAUCAACUGCAACCACCGUAGAACAAAAACCUACAACCACAUCUUCAGAAACCAUUGGUAUUACCACCACUACAGCUAAAGUCACAGAAAAUGUAACUGGAGCAACGACAGGACAACCUAGCUCUACUGCCAAAACCACGGAAAAAAUGACAACAAAAGCAACAGAAAAGCCUACCACCAUAACAACAGAAAAUAUACCCACAACAAAGCCACCAAGAACAACAACAGAAGGUCCCACAACUACUGUGGUCACUUCAACUGGAAAACCAAUCACCACAACAACCCCUGAAAUUGCUACAAAUACACUUUCAACCGCACCGUCGACAGGAUCCUUGGUUACAUUCAUGACAGAAGCCCAAACUGCAACAACGGAGAGCCAAAUCACAACAACCAUCCAACCCACAACAUUUACAGAAGAACCCACCACUAUCACAACAACUACACAAAGGCCACCCACACCAACAACUAAUCCAACAACAGUUACAACUGAAAAGCCCCAAACCACGACUACCACAGAAAAAACGGCAUCAACACCAUCUGACUGUUUUGUUUGUCACUGGUCCCCUUGGAUCAACAAUCAUUACCCUGACUUUAUUCCCAGUGGUGGAGAUUAUGAAUCUAUAGCAAACAUAAAUGAUCCAAGUCUGAAUGACUGCAAACAACCACUUGAAAUAGAGUGCAGAGCAAAAGGAUUUCCUGAUGUACCUUUGGAUCAGCUAGGUCAGAAAGUAACAUGCAACCCAAAAGAUGGACUGAUCUGUCAUAACAAAGACCAAGGCAUACCUCCAAUUUGCUAUGACUAUGAGAUUAGAGUCAAAUGUUGCAUCAACCAUUGUGUCACUCCAACCAAAGCCACAACUACAAGUGCCACAACCAAUGCAAUUACAACAGAAAAUGCAAUCACGACUGCUGCCACAACCACAGAAAAGCCCACGACUAGAGCCAAAACAACCAUUCCAACCACACAAGAACCCACCACAUUUACAGAAGAACCCACCACCAUGACAACAACCACACAAAAGCCAACCAUACCAACAACUACUACAACAAAGGCAACCACAUUUACUACUGAACAGGCUCAAACCACCACAACCACAGAAAAACAAACAACAGUUACAGAAGUACCGACAACAACAACAACCACAGUUACAGAAAACCCCACCACCACAGUUACACAAAAGGCCAGUACUACUAUUGCUCUAACAACAGUCAAGCCCACCACUAUGGCUCCUACGACUAUCACAUCCACAGAACUACCCACCACAACUACUGAAAGACCAACCACAGUUACAGAAUCUCCAAGCACAACAACGGAGAUUAAAAUCACAACAAUCGCAGUUACGGAAAAUCCCAGCACAACAUUAACGGAAAGGAUCAGCACAAUUGUUACAACAACAGAAGAACCCACAACUACUGCAGAAAACCCUACAACUACAGUAAGACCAUCAACUGCAACCACCGUAGAACAAAAACCUACAACCACAUCUUCAGAAACCAUUGGUAUUACCACCACUACAGCUAAAGUCACAGAAAAUGUAACUGGAGCAACGACAAGACAACCUAGCUCUACUGCCAAAACCACGGAAAAAAUGACAACAAAAGCAACAGAAAAGCCUACCACCAUAACAACAGAAAAUAUACCCACAACAAAGCCACCAAGAACAACAACAGAAGGUCCCACAACUACUGUGGUCACUUCAACUGGAAAACCAAUCACCACAACAACCCCUGAAAUUGCUACAAAUACACUUUCAACCGCACCGUCGACAGGAUCCUUGGUUACAUUCAUGACAGAAGCCCAAACUGCAACAACGGAGAGCCAAAUCACAACAACCAUCCAACCCACAACAUUUACAGAAGAACCCACCACUAUCACAACAACUACACAAAGGCCACCCACACCAACAACUAAUCCAACAACAGUUACAACUGAAAAGCCCCAAACCACGACUACCACAGAAAAAACGGCAUCAACACCAUCUGACUGUUUUGUUUGUCACUGGUCCCCUUGGAUCAACAAUCAUUACCCUGACUUUAUUCCCAGUGGUGGAGAUUAUGAAUCUAUAGCAAACAUAAAUGAUCCAAGUCUGAAUGACUGCAAACAACCACUUGAAAUAGAGUGCAGAGCAAAAGGAUUUCCUGAUGUACCUUUGGAUCAGCUAGGUCAGAAAGUAACAUGCAACCCAAAAGAUGGACUGAUCUGUCAUAACAAAGACCAAGGCAUACCUCCAAUUUGCUAUGACUAUGAGAUUAGAGUCAAAUGUUGCAUCAACCAUUGUGUCACUCCAACCAAAGCCACAACUACAAGUGCCACAACCAAUGCAAUUACAACAGAAAAUGCCAUCACGACUGCUGCCACAACCACAGAAAAGCCCACGACUAGAGCCAAAACAACCAUUCCAACCACACAAGAACCCACCACAUUUACAGAAGAACCCACCACCAUGACAACAACCACACAAAAGCCAACCAUACCAACAACUACUACAACAAAGGCAACCACAUUUACUACUGAACAGGCUCAAACCACCACAACCACAGAAAAACAAACAACAGUUACAGAAGUACCGACAACAACAACAACCACAGUUACAGAAAACCCCACCACCACAGUUACACAAAAGGCCAGUACUACUAUUGCUCUAACAACAGUCAAGCCCACCACUAUGGCUCCUACGACUAUCACAUCCACAGAACUACCCACCACAACUACUGAAAGACCAACCACAGUUACAGAAUCUCCAAGCACAACAACGGAGAUUAAAAUCACAACAAUCGCAGUUACGGAAAAUCCCAGCACAACAUUAACGGAAAGGAUCAGCACAAUUGUUACAACAACAGAAGAACCCACAACUACUGCAGAAAACCCUACAACUACAGUAAGACCAUCAACUGCAACCACCGUAGAACAAAAACCUACAACCACAUCUUCAGAAACCAUUGGUAUUACCACCACUACAGCUAAAGUCACAGAAAAUGUAACUGGAGCAACGACAAGACAACCUAGCUCUACUGCCAAAACCACGGAAAAAAUGACAACAAAAGCAACAGAAAAGCCUACCACCAUAACAACAGAAAAUAUACCCACAACAAAGCCACCAAGAACAACAACAGAAGGUCCCACAACUACUGUUGUCACUUCAACUGGAAAACCAAUCACCACAACAACCCCUGAAAUUGCUACAAAUACACUUUCAACCGCACCGUCGACAGGAUCCUUGGUUACAUUCACUACGGAAGCCCAAACUGCAACAACGGAGAGCCUAAUCACAACAAUUGGAGUUACAGAAAAUUACAGCACAACAUUAGCAACAGAAAAACCCACAAUUACAACAGAAAACCCCACAACAACUACAGAAAGACCAACCACUGCAACCACCAUAGUACAAAAACCCACAACCACAGCCUCAGAAACUGUUGGCAUUGCCACCACUUCAGUCGAAGUCACAGAAAAGGUAACUACAACUCCAGAAAAAUCUAGCUCCACGGCCAAAACCACAGAAAAACUGACAACACAAGCUACAGAAAAGCCUACCACCAUAACAACAGAAAAUGUAGCCACGACAAAGUCGCCAAGAACAACCACAGAAGGUUCCACAACAACGGCAGUCACAUCAACCGAAAAACCAAUCACCACAACAACCCCUGAAAUUGUUACAUAUACAACUGUUCCAACCUCACGCUCAACAGGACCCUUGGUUACAUUUACAACAGUGGCCCAAAUUACAACCACAGAAAAAAGCGUCACAGCCACAGAAGUACAAAUAUCGACAACCAUAGUUACAGAAAAACCCACCACCAUAGUUACACAAAAGCCCAGCACUACUGUUGCCGUAACCACAGAAAAACCCACAACUGGGGCUGGUACGACUGUCACUGUCACAGAACUACCCACCACAACUACAACAAGACCAACCACAGUUACAGAAUCUCCAACCACAGCAACAGAGACCCAAACCACCACAAUAGCAGUUACAGAAAAACCCAGCACUGCCUCAACGGAAAAGAUGAGCACAAUUGCUACAACAACGGAAAAACCGACCUUGGUUACUACAACCACCAUCCCUACAAAGCCUACCACAGUGUCAACAGAAAAGCCUUCAACAACUUUGACAACAACACAGUCUUCAACAGCAGGCAGAACCACUGAAUGCUUCUGCAAAUACCUUGAUGAAUUUUUUGCUCCCGGUACUACCAUAUACAAUAAAACAGAUGGAGCAGGUUGGUGUUUCACUGCAUAUUGCAAUAAGACUUGCAAUGUUGAGAAGUUUGCAGGACCGUGUCAGCCAACCACUCCACCAAGUCCUACCACCACGUUAACAACUGUCAUAACAACUAAAGUUGUCACAACAACAGCCAGCACCAUAAGCAUAUCCACUGAAGCACCCCCUAAAGACUGCACAUUCCUCAUCCCACCAAGAAAGCAUGGUGAAACUUGGAGUUCAAGCAACUGCACCACUGAAGUUUGUGAUGAUGGAAAAGUCCUAACCGAACAUAAGCCAUGUGAUCCAAUAACCAUGCCUGUGUGUGAAAAUGGCCAACCACCAGUGAGGGUUUAUGAUAAGGAGGGUUGCUGUUUCCAUUACGAAUGCACAUGUAUUUGCAGCGGCUGGGGAGAUCCACACUAUGUCACAUUUGAUGGUCAAUACUACAGCUUUCAAAAGAAUUGCACUUACGUCCUGGUCAAAGAGAUUAUUCCUCGACACAAUAUUACCAUCCUUAUUGACAAUGAAAACUGUGAUGCCACUGGUGAAGUAACAUGUGCUCACAGCUUGAUUGUGUAUUACAAAAACUACGAAGUCAUUCUCACACAGGAGAGGGGCGCAAGUACAGUCAACACGGUGUACGUCAAUGGCAAGAAAGUUGUCCCAACUUACUCCAACGAGGACUUCAUCAUCACAAGCACUGCAAUCGAGCUGCUCCUGAGAAUUCCAGCAAUUCAAGCUGUUGUGAUGUUCAAGGGCCUUUUAUUCAGCGUUGAUUUGCCGUUUUCCCUUUUCCACAACAACACAGAGGGACAGUGCGGUACAUGUGACAAUAAUAGAAAGAAUGACUGCAGAUUACCCAGUGGUCUGAUUCACCCCUCUUGCUCCAAUAUGGCUCAUGAGUGGCAUGUACCAGAUAAGAACAAACCAUACUGCGAUAAGCUGCCUCCUCCACCAACACCAAAUCCAACACCAACUCAACCCACUUGUAAACCUGAAAUUUGUGAACUCAUAAUCAGCAAUGUGUUUGAGGAAUGCCACAAAGUGAUCGCACCCAAGGACUAUUAUGAGGCCUGUAAAUUUGAUGUCUGCCACAUGCCAGAUUCCAGCAUGGCAUGCUCCAGUUUGGAGGCAUACGCCAUGAUGUGUGCUUCGGCGUCAGUCUGUGUCAACUGGAGGAACUCGACACAGGGGCAGUGCGAAUAUAAAUGUCCUGCAAAUAAGGUCUACAAACCAUGCGGGCCAAUUGUGGAACCAACUUGCAAUGAAAGAUACAAUAAUAAGUAUACACAGCAAUGCCAGGGAGAAAGCCGUUACCAGAAAUCCGACUGUAAUAAAUAUGUGGAGGGAUGUUUCUGUCCACCUGGCACAAUCCUGUUCAGUUCAAACUCUGACUUCUGUGUCAUCGCUUGUUGUGCUGGACCUGAUGGUGAACCGAAAGAGAUUGGUGACACCUGGCUGAGUGGCUGCCAGCAGUGUGUCUGUGAUGCGGAUACGCUGAGUGUGCAGUGUGAGCCUCGCAUGUGUCCCACUCAAGCACCCAUAACCUGCAAGGAAGGCGAGGUGUUGAUGAACCAAACUGUUAACUGCUGCCAGACCCUGACGUGUGUUGCUCUUCCUUCCAACUGUAAGAUAAACACAAAUACCACCUACUUGCAUGUAAAGAAUUGCAAGUCAGUUGUGCCAGUGGAAAUGAGAACCUGCGAGGGAUCCUGUGGAGCCUCAACAUCAAUCUACUCUGCGGAGAGCAACAGCCUGAUGCAUUCUUGCUCAUGCUGUCAAGAAACGGCCACCAGCAAGAAGGAAGUGGAGAUGAUUUGCACUGACGGCAGCAAGAUGAAGCAUUCCUACAUCUCUAUUGAAAAGUGUAGCUGUGAACUCACACAUUGCACUCAAAACACAACUGACCAAUUGUCACAUUUAUAAAGGCUGUAUUAUAUGUGAGGAGGCCAAUUCAUAUCAAAGCAUUAAUUCUGCUUCAAAAACAAUUAGAGAAUCAAGGCUCUACACUGUAUCUGAUGACUACUCGAUAAGAGCUAAGCAAUACAGAAUGUUUAUUGUGCUGUAAACUAUAAAUGUUAAACUGUGGAAAUGGCUCAGAACUAUUGGAGCCUAAUUAAACUAUAAGGAAUCUAUCUUAUUUGAGAAUAUUUGUAUCAUGUUUGAACAAUAGACCAAGAUACCUUCAUGUAGGUCCAGCAAAUAUUGGCGCCAAGAGGUCUCUUUUAGUUGUUAAGAGUAAAUUAUUCAAUUUGGUUCCUCUUAAAACACUUCCACAAGUUGUUUUUAGUGUUGGAAGGUGUUUCUGGAUUUAUCUACACUAAAUCUUUGGACCAAAUACAAAAAUGCAAUUAGAUACCCUACUGUGCAUUGUGCAAUGUAUUUUGUUGAGCAUUGACAUGAGGAAUGUAUUUGUAGUAACACAUUAAGAUGCCUUGUUUUACAAAAAACCAUCUUUAUGCAGUUCCCAUUUUAAAAUUCCAUAAGUGCUGAAUAUAUUGAUUGAAUAAUGCAUCCCAUUGCUGUGUACAGUUCUUCUAUAUCAUACACUCUAGUUGAUUGCAGAACAAGACUACUGAUAUUGCUUGACUUGGCAUUCUUAAAAACUUUUAAUUCCAAUAAACAUUUUCC